CGCGAGUCGCACGUACGUUAGUAACAUUGUGUCGGUUAUGUUUUGACGUUUAAUAUGGAAGUAAGUGCUAUGAUACCGAUGCCUUUGGACUUUUCCAUGGUGAGAAACGGAUCGCCGCUAAGGGAUGAAUCGCCGAAGCCAAUCUCGAACAGCGCUUUCAGAGUUGUCACCCCGAAAGGUGUAUCAGCUAGUGAGGCUUUGAGGAAUGGCAUCUGCAAUUCGCUGUGGGGUGCAUCCAGCACACGUCCUGAUGGAAGAUUGACACCACCACCCCAGAAUAUGGAUACGUACAAUAGUAGAGAUGAAAUCAAAUUUGGAAUAAAUCGCCUGGUAGGGGAGCGGACUGAUGAAGAAGAUUGUGAAUCGCACAACAAUGAAACGCGACCGGAAGAUAUAUCACCGACAUCCCAGUGCGGCAGUCCAUGUUGGGCACCAUCCCCUCCAUCCCCUCGAUCAGUCCGGUCAACGUCUCCUGAACUAGAAGUGGAUUCCCCCCCAUCAUCACCGAGACGGCCGCCUGACUCAUCCCCAACUAUAAAACGAUCGGAGGCAUUUUCCGUAAGCGCACUUCUAAGACCAGACGCACCAAGAACUCAACCACAUAGACCUUUUUUAUACCCACCCCUGCCGUUUGCGGAGUUUCUAAGAGAUGCAGGCAGUCUUAGCCUCCCUGGAUGGGGGGGAUACAGCAAUCUGUACCUCCAUGCAGUUCAAGCAGCUGGUCCUGAGUUAUUGCGACUUCGCGCUGCAGUACUAGGAAACCCAAGCCCCCUAUCCAGGCCUUUGCCAAUUGGAGACGUGUAUUCGUGUGUUAAGUGUGAAAAGAUGUUCAGUACACCACAUGGAUUGGAAGUUCAUGCGCGUAGAUCACAUAAUGGAAAGCGACCAUUUGCAUGUGAGCUGUGCAGUAAGACAUUUGGACACGAAAUCAGUCUUAGCCAACACAGGGCUGUCCACAGCGUAGAAAAAGUCUUCGAAUGCAAGCAAUGUGGGAAGACCUUCAAACGUUCAAGUACCCUAUCGACACACCUACUCAUCCACUCUGACACUCGACCUUACCCAUGCCAGUACUGCGGCAAGAGGUUUCAUCAAAAGUCCGACAUGAAAAAGCACACCUAUAUUCAUACAGGUGAAAAACCUCACAAGUGUCAAGUAUGCGGCAAAGCCUUUAGUCAAUCUUCGAACCUAAUCACUCAUUCGCGGAAGCAUACCGGUUUUAAACCUUUUGCCUGUGAACUCUGCGGCAGAGCCUUUCAACGCAAGGUAGAUUUACGAAGACACAGGGAGACACAGCAUGCGGAUCUGCGCAAUGCUCAGCAUAUGCCAUCACAUACUGAUGUUCAUGCCAUGCACCCGGAUAUGCAUGUCUCGGAUCAUAGGAUAGAUCUUCGCACCACUCACCCAGAGCACAUUCGUCCCGACUACCGCGCCCUCAGUACCUCUGUACCGCCUCUACAGCCUCUUCCUUCUUGAAGCUCAACAGCCUUCGCGCCGUGGCGCCAAGGCUGAUAGGUAUAGAAAGACAAUUUGUGAUUUAACUCAGUAGUGAUGCUUUCUAAAGAUAAUGGGUAAUGUUAACAAUUAGUUUCAUUGUAUGAGCUUUUACGAUAAGUUUGACGGAUUUAUGACGGAUGGUAAUUGGAAUACAUUCUUUAGUAGCUGAGCCAUUGAUAUACAAAAAACCCGAGAUGCACAGUCUCGAAUAAAAGUAGCUCGAAAGUGUCCCGAAACACUAUUUCUGUCCCUUUCUAUAACAGUAUGU